AUGUACAAGGGGGGGGGCUGCCUCAGCAAAUUAAAACACGCCUCUGGCAGCACUAAUCGUCUAGUAGUCUUUUACGAGAGAAAACCCCCAGCUGUGGCGAACUCUAUUAUAAUUUGUUUAGGCACCCCAUCUUGUACUUUCAAGGAUCCCCUACGCUUCGAUCGUUUGUGCAUUCCGGUAAGCGAAAAGUGUCAAUUUGAUCGCCGUCCAUUUGAGUCCAACAGACAUCGUCCGUUCGAAUCCCUAAGCGCUUCAACAUUCUCCAAUCGGGCCGAUAUGCUCCUUCUCGGUUUUGGUGAACUCCUCUCGGUUUGGGCAAUUCUCGUUCGAGUUCCCUUCGUUCCAUUACCCAUUUACUGGCUGCUCUGGACUAUCCGCGCUCGCACGUUCCACCCACUCGCCAGAGUGCCGGUACCGCAGUGGCCGUCAAUCUCCCGGACAUGGCUGAUGCACCGUAUGUAUUUGGGAGAUCUGGAAACCCACCAACUGCGUUACACGAACUUUGAGCCCACGUUCAUUGAGAUUAUGUUCAGUCAGCGUUCAAUUCCUCAACGACUUUCUACAACUGCUGGCUAG